AUGACCUAUCCACACCCGCAGAACCGGCAAGGAUCUUUACGCAGAUUGCCAUCGGCAAAGGAGGUAGCUUCGUCAGGGAGUUUUGUCAGUCCGUUGACCAGGCUAGAAGCUGAGGGGAGAAGUGCUAGGAGUAGGGCAAACUCAGCAUCAGCAUCUAACAAUCCCACAUUCACCUCAGGCUUUGGUACAUCAUCAUAUCCCAUGUCCAACUCUUACCAAUCCAAUCCACCUCAACAACCUGCACCACCCGUACCGACUUUAGAGUUUGGUAAUCUAUUUCGGGAUUCGCGAUACUCUGUUAAUUCACUUAGCUCAGUAGGAUCUCGAUUAUCUACAAGCUCGUUUGACAGCUAUGGGACAAUUUCUGAAAAUGGAUCUGAUCACGAUGAUGGGUAUGAAUCACCUUCUACACCGAAAGCAUCCACCUCUAAACAAGGCCAACAAUCUUACUUUGAAGGCCAACAGCAGCAACGGCAGCAGCAGAGUAGAUCUCCAUCACCGUCAAAAUACCAAACAGGAGAAGAAGACGGCUUACAGAUGAGAGAUUUCAGUAAUAACAGACAUAGGAUUCCUUCUUCAGAUAGUAAUUCAACUUUAAACGCUUCUACUUCUAAUUCGUCCCAUACAACCGAAGCUAGUGGAUCAUUAACGCCUAAAAGGAGUUUCUCGGUAACUUCCAGACGUGUAACAUCACAUCACCAACCCCUCCCUCCUGACCCACCUGUCACAGCUUCUUACCUACCUCAGCAACAACAGUCAUUCAAUCUUGGACCUAUACCUCAGCGAAAUCGAGGCAACAGGGAUCGAUCAGGCUCAGAUGCUUACACAAAGGAAAUACAGGGUAUACAUAAGCCCGAAGAGACGGAGGUGAACGCAGAUUGGGCGAGUGUCCAUGGUGAACAGGGGAGUGAUUGGGGAGACGACGAGAGUCAAUUCGAAUGGCUAGAUACGGAAGGUGCACCAGAAGCUGUUAACGGACUAGAAAAUCAGAAAGGUAGUGGAGGAAGUCCUUCAAAAAGAUUAUCAAGAUUUAAAGCUGCUGUUACAGGUGUUGGUGUUGGAUCUGAUGGACAAAAGAAAUUGAAGAAACCUCUAAUCAUACAUCGAAGAGCUCCUCCCCCACCGCCUAAUACGGCACCUGCACCUGCACCUACUGUUACGCUAUCUGAACCAACUUCGCCUAUACGGAAAUAUACCUAUAUACCAAAUACAGCUAUAGCUACGAUCUCACAUCCUACUACAGUGACGCCGACCACCAAUCCCAAAGCCUUUCAUUCUCAUGGUGAGAUGCAGAUACCAAAGAGAGCGGGAACGAUCCGAUCCGCAUCGUCAAAUUCAGACAGAUUACCGGUGGUUAGAAAUAGAAUGAUAAGUGAUGAGCAUCAUCAACACCAACAUCAACAUCAUCAUGGGACACAUUCGAAUCCAGAUAUAUUCCAUCCACCUCAACCGCCAUUCAGUGAACAUGGACACGGGAAGAGACCCAGUCCAUUGAUGGUACCUAUGAAAAUGGAUGAUGGAUCGUCUUCACAAGCAGGAGCUGCAGGGGAUAACGCAUCUCGUCAAUCACAUAUGUCAUUCCAAUCUGUUGCAUAUUCAUUCUACGAUCUCGAUGGCGAUCAUUCACCAUCUACUACGCCUAAACCGACUGGAUCGAACGAAGAUCUAGUUUUCCCCCACGGAAAAUACGUCAAGGUCUCUGCAUCGACUUUGGAAAGACAAAAGGAAAGAGAACGGACUAUAUCAGAAUCUACCGUUGGUAGUGGUGAUGGAGGCAAGACACCAGAAGAUUUCGUUCAUCUCGGUAUUGAAGCGAGGGGAAAGGGGGAUUUGGCGAAAUCCGCUUGGUAUUUUAUGCGAGCUGCUGAAGGGGGAUCUGCGAAGGGUAGGAUGUAUUGGGGUCUAGCACUCCGUCAUGGAUGGGGAGUAUCAAAAGAUGAUCGAAAAGCUUUCAUCGAACUGAAACAGGCUUGCGAAGAUACUCUGGCAGAAGGCGGAUUGGAUUUCCAUAAAUCCCCUGGACAUGUGAAAUUGACACCGCAGCAGAAGAAGUUGAUGCAGAAAGAACUUGCUCUUGGGAUGUUCGAAGUUGGAAAUUGUUUCUUGGAAGGUGUAGGAGUGAAGAAAUCGCCUGAAGUAGCUUUGGCUUAUCUCAAGUUCGCUGCUGGGAUGGGCGAUGUAGCUUCUCAGGAGCAACUUGGAUUCUUACUUUCCAAAGGAUCAAAUGGGGUGAAGAAAGAUAUGAAAGAAGCUGCUAGAUGGUAUAGAAUGGCUAUUGCAAAUGGUUCAAGUAAUACUUUUGGCUUAGCUUGGAUCUGGAAGGACAAGUAUAUGAAUUAG